AUGGUGGAAGCUUAUCGAAGAGAUGCAAGUUCUAAGGACCAGCUGAUUAGUGAGCUGAAAGCUACAAAGAAGCGUCUGGACUCAGAAGUGAAAGAGUUAAAACGAGAGCUAGUGAAAAUUCAAGUUGAAAAACAGUCACUUGAAUCUGAACAUUCAAAACUACAGAAGGAAGUAUCCCAGGUUCACCAGCAGAUGAUGGAAAUAGAAAAUCAUCUUCAGUCAGUGCAGAAAGAACGAGAUGAUAUGGAAACACGCCUACAGUCUUUGCAGUUCGAUAAGGAACAAAUGGCAUCUCUUGCUGAGGCAAAUGAGGCGUUAAAACAACAGGUAGAACAAAUGCAAGAAGAAGCAAAAAAGGCCAUUGCUGAGCAGAAACAGAAAAUGAAGCGUCUAGGGUCAGAUCUGACAAGUGCUCAGAAAGAGAUGAAAGCAAAACAUAAAGCCUAUGAGAAUGCAGUCGGCAUUCUUAGUCGUCGGCUACAGGAAUCUCUCACUGCAAAGGAAUCUGCUGAAGCAGAGUUGACCAAACUAAAAGCACAAAUCACUGAUGGUGGAAACAACCAGAUUGCUCAAGAAAGAAUUCAAGCUCUGGAGACAGAAUUGCAAGCUGUUAGCAGCAGUAAGUUGAUGCUGGAGAAAGAGUUGCAAGAAGUGAUUUCACUUACCAGCCAGGAGCUUGAAGAAUACAGAGAGAAAGUGCUGGAACUUGAGGAUGAGCUUCAGGAAUCUAGAGGCUUCAGGAGGAAGAUAAAACGUUUAGAAGAAAGUAAUAAGAAGUUGGCCCUUGAGCUGGAGCAUGAACGUGGAAAACUUACAGGUCUUAGUCAGUCCAAUGCCGCUUUGCGGGAGCACAACAAUAUCCUAGAAGCAGCAUUAGCAAAAAGAGAGGCAGACUUGGUACAACUGAAUCUGCAGGUUCAGGCAGUCCUAAAGCGGAAAGAGGAAGAGGAUCAGCAAAUGCAACAACUUAUUCAAGCUUUACAGGCUUCCUUAGAGAAAGAAAAGUCGAAAGUUAAAGAUCUUAAGAAGCAGGAAGCAGCAGCCAAAGCGGAUGCAGCACAUAACCGCCGUCAUUACAGAGCUGCUAUGCUCGAGCUCAGUGAAAUCAAGAAAGAGCUACAUGCCAAAGAACUGCUUGUCCAAGCCCUUCAGGUUGAAGUAGACAAACUGCAAGUAGAGGAUGAAAAACGUUCCCAGGAGCUAUCACAGUUUCAGCAAGAGUUGGCAGAAGCCAGAUCUCAGCUCCAACUUCUGCAGAAAAAGCUGGAUGACAAGCUUAGUGAACAGCCUGUAGUAAGCCAAGAGGUGGAAGACCUCAAGUGGGAAGUAGAACGGAAAGAAAGAGAAAUUGAAACACUUAAGCAGCAGUUGGAUAUGAGUGAACAGCGCAGCCACAAGGAGUUAGAAGGGAUACAGGUUGUUUUGCAGAAUAUCAAGUCUGAGCUGGAAAUGGUGAGGGAAGACCUGUCAGUGACUCAGAAGGAUAAGUUUAUGCUGCAGGCUAAAGUGACUGAACUGAAGAACAGUAUGAAGUCGCUGCUGCAGCAGAACCAGCAACUGAAGUUAGACCUGAAGCAUGGCAAGAUGAAGAAGAGGAAGGAACUGAAAGGAGAGAAUAACUCUUCAAAUCCUGUGACUCCAGUCAAGAUUCCUGACUGUCCAGUGCCUGCUGCCUUGCUGGAAGAACUGUUGAAACCAUCGACAGCUGUGAGCAAGGAGCCUUUAAAAAAUCUGAACAGCUGUCUCCAGCAAUUAAAGCAAGAAAUGGACAGCCUUCAGCGUCAGAUGGAGGAACACACCAUUACUGUACAUGAAUCAAUGUCUUCGUGGACUCAGAUUGAGGGGCAGCUAAUGGACCUUACCUCUACGAGUCCUGCAACUGCAUCAGACCAGCAGGAGGUUCUUACUGUAGAUGAAAAGAAACAGAAUUGUAGUGUUAGUGACAAGGAAGCUUUGACACUAUAACCUCCUCAUCAGUUGUCUUUCUUCCUGUUGCUUUAAGUAUGUAAACAAAUCUUUAUCAAAAUUAUUUAUUUAUUUCAUUUUUUAAAAUGGUGUUCAGAGUUGUGCUUUUGCCUGUAGAAGCAAAGGACAUGGUUUUGAGAAAUUGGUGUGAUAUUAAAUGCAGAACAUGCUAUUCCAAGGGUUGGUUUGAAACCUUACCAUAAUAAUUCUGUUAUGUUGGGGACUGCCAAGUGGUAAAUCUAGCUCA